AUCGCACGUCGCGAACGUCUCGAUAGCAGGCUGAAGUACACGGACGUCGAGCAAGGUCAGAGCCCGCUUGCGACCCGCCCGCCUUUCCGCCAUCGUCAAGCUACUGUUGUCCGCCGCGUUCGAACUUUGAGCAUCCCAGCGGUCAAGGCGAGAAGACUUGCUUUCUCUGCGCCACCCCCGUUUGACUCACGUCCACCUCGUUGCACUACGCUACGUUAUAUACGCUAGCAUCCUUGGUCGUGCCAGACGGCCUCGCUGCAGCUUCGUCUCGAUCCUUGCUUCUCUCGCUGUGUCAAACGCUGCAAGCAGCAGCGACGGCAACUCACUCUCCCGGACAAGAUCAUCACACGCCAACUCCCCCCUUCCUCUGGUAGCGGACACUCACAAUGGAGUCCGAUGAGCAGCUCUACCCAAUUGCCGUCCUGAUCGACGAGCUAAAGUCCGACGAUGUCAAUCUGCGCCUCAACGCCAUCCACCGUCUCUCCACCAUCGCUCUGGCGCUGGGUCCCGAGCGCGCGAGGGACGAGCUGAUUCCCUUUCUACAGGACAGCCUCGACGACGAGGAUGAGGUGCUGAUGGCGCUCGCAGAGGAGCUCAGCAGCCCCUUUGUAGACUACCUCGGCGGCCCGCCUUUUGCUCAUCUCUUGCUCGGCCCGCUGGAGAAUCUCGCCGCGGUUGAGGAGACCGUCGUCAGGGAAAAGGCGACCGACUCGAUCACGAAGAUUGCAGAGGUCCUCUCGCAACCACAAGUGGAGGAGCACUAUAUCCCGCUCCUGCGCCGCCUGAGCGGAGGGGAUUGGUUCACCUCGCGUACCUCUGCCACCGCGCUCUUCAGUGCCAUCUAUGAAAAGGCCCAACCUGCCACGCAGGAUGAUUUGCGAAAGAUGUUCAGCCAGCUGUGCAAUGAUGACACGCCCAUGGUCCGGAGAGCUGCCGCGAGGGAUCUUGGCCCUUUCGCCAAGAAACUCUCCAAGGAGCUCGUAGUCUCAGACAUCAUCCCUCUUUACCGCAGACUAUCUUCAGACGACCAGGACAGCGUCCGGUUGCUGACGGUGCAAGACCUGAUCGCCAUCGCAGAGGUACUGGAGAAUGAGGAGACCAAGAACUACCUCCUUCCAAGCAUUCGGAACGCGGUUAUCGACAAGAGCUGGAGGGUGCGGUACAUGGUGGCCGACCACUUUGUAAAGCUUGCCGCGGCUGUCGGCGAGGAGAUCGUACGUGACGAGCUGGUCAUGGCGUUCGUGCACCUGCUCAAGGACAACGAGGCGGAGGUGCGCACUGCGGGUGCGGGCCAGGUACCCGGCUUUGCCAACUUGAUUGACCAGGACAUUAUCCUGGCGCGUCUCAUGCCGUGCGUGCGUGACCUCGCGAGCGACUCGAGCCAGCACGUUCGUGCCGCGCUCGCCACCCAGAUUUCAGGCCUGGCGCCCCUGCUGGGCAAGGAGCCGACGAUCGAGCACCUUCUCCCGCUCUUCUUGCAGCUGCUCAAGGAUGACUUCCCCGAUGUAAGGCUUAACAUCAUCUCCAAGCUCGAGCAGGUCAAUGAAGUCAUCGGCAUCGAUCUCCUCUCGCAAUCUCUGCUGCCAGCCAUCGUCGAGCUGGCUGAGGACAAGCAGUGGCGCGUGCGGCAGGCGAUCAUCGAAUACAUCCCUUUACUCGGCAAUCAGCUCGGCGUUCAAUUCUUCGAUGAACAGCUGAGCAACCUGUGCAUGUCGUGGCUCGGCGACACAGUCUUCUCCAUCCGCGAAGCAGCGACGGUCAACCUCAAGAAGCUCACCGACGUUUUUGGUGUCGAGUGGGCGCGGCAGACGAUCAUCCCCAAGGUGCUCCAGAUGGGCUCGCACCCCAACUACCUCUACCGCAUGACCACCAUCUUCGCCAUCACAACCAUGGCGCCCUCGCUGAACACGGGCGCCAUCGCGGAUAACGUGAUCGAUACCGUUGCGCAGAUGGUCGACGACCCCAUCCCCAACAUCCGCUUCAACGUCGCCAAAGCGUUCGAGGUGCUUGCCUCCGUCCUCAACCAGACAGCGCAGGGUAAGGAGCUCAUCCAGCAGCGCAUCGUGCCCGGAUUGGAGAAGCUCAAGGACGAUACCGAUGCCGAUGUCAGGUUCUUUGCGCAGAAAGCGCUUGAUUCGCUGCAAGGCCGAUAAGUGUAACAGUAGAUAGAUGAAUGAAAUACAGGCGCACCAUGGAAACGAUCAUGCAGAGAAGGAAACAGAUGCGUAUGCUCUGUGAAGCGCGAUUACCAUACAAAGAGGAGGGGGGCUUGCGAUUAGAUG